AUGAACGUAGAGUGGGGAAAUGGUUGGAAAAUCAUUAGGGGGCAAAUCUACAACAACGAAAAUUCUUGUCGUACUCUUAUUCGCAUGAGCUCAGAAGCAUUCACCCGUUUAUGUGAAGUUCUUCAGCAAAAGUAUGGAUUACAAGAGUCACAUAAUAUGAAAGUCGAUGAGAGUGUUGCAAUAUUCUUGAUUCUUUGUGGCCAAAAUGACACUCAGUAUGACAUCAGUUUAAGAUUUGGCCAUGCCCAAGAAACUAUAUAUAGAAAAUUUCAUUGUGUUCUUGGGGCAAUGGUACGAUUGGCUGUUGACUAUUUACGGCCAAGAACAGCUUAUGAGUUAGAAGCAAUAUCCAAUAGUUUAGAAGGAGAUAGACGGUAUUGGCCUUGGUUUGUGAACCGAAAAGGAACAGCAAGUCUUAACGUCCUAGGAAUUUGUGAUCACGAUAUGCUAUUUACGUAUUGUUUUGUUGGAAUGGCUGGAUCAACACAUGACUCACGAGUGCUGGAAACCGCUAUACGAGAUGAUCCAAUGUUUCCUAAACCUCCUGACGGAAAAUAUUAUCUUGUAGAUUCUGGCUAUGCAAAUAGACAUGGAUAUUUAGCUCCAUAUCGGAAAGACAAAAAAGAUGGUACUCGAUAUCAUCUUCAAGAGUUUAUAAAUAAGGAGCCUCCAAAAAAUAGUAAGGAAAUGUUCAAUAGAUGGCAUGCAUCAUUGCGUUCAGUUAUUGAACGAACUUUUGGUGUAUGGAAGAAAAAGUGGAGGGUUAUUAGAGAAUUUCCAAGGUAUAAUAUUUCAACGCAAAGAAAUGUUAUAUUUGCAACAAUGGGACUUCAUAAUUUUAUUCGGUGGAACAAGGCAGAAAUGGGCGAUGGUAUGCAUCAAAAUGAGAACAAUCUUUCAGAUGAUGAAGAUGAUGGACGAACAAAUGAAGAAACAUCAACAGAGGUUUAUAUGAAAAUUGUUCGAGAUCAUAUUGCCCAAGAAUUGUGGUCCAACAAAAGACCUGCUUCUUGCGUCGGUUAUAGGUUUGUCUACUAUUACUUUAACGUACACGUUAUUUGA